AGAGGUCGUUACUUUUUGGCCGUGGUCUGCAUUGUUUCUUUUUUCUAGGAUUCUCACUGAACUGGAUGGAUUAUCUUUCCUUGGAAUUACGGAAGACAACUCAAUUCUGAUCUGUUCACGUUUAAGCUGCAAAUUUUAUGCUAUACGAUAAGAUCUUAAUUUUAACUUAUUGAUAGUAUAUAUGAUCAUAUUCAUACAAUAACUCAUAAUCAAAUAAUUGUAUAUUCAUUUUGGCUAUACGAUAUAACCUUCCUCUGUCAUUCCAAAAACCGUAUAUAAUCAUAUUCGGCGAGGAAUAUAAUUUCAUAUUUGUAUUCUAUUCAUUAUAUCGUGUUUGUAUGCUACAACACACGUACUUUAUGUAUUUACAGGAUCUAUUCAGAUCUCUACCCAAUAUCUAGAAAUAUAUAUAAUUGUGUAUGACAAAGCACUGUACUCAUUAUUCCACAUACUUUCAUUAAAAUCGUAUUUGGAUAAUAUAACUCACUUAAAUUCUGGGAUCACCUGUCCAAUUCGGUGAGUCUGUCAUACGUUUAUUUAUUUAUUUUUUUUUAUGACAGUAUAUUUUGUCACCACUAAUACCUUCCUGCUAUUCUUAUCCAUUGUUUUUCUACACUUUCACCGAUCCUCUCGAUACAUCCACCCUUGUGUUAAGCAUAGGUUUUGAUUAGACUUCAGUCCUCGACAUUGAUUUUUUCUUUCUUUCAUCUCUAUUUCCAAUAUUUUGUUCAAUCCGCCUGCUAUACGUCACUUUUUUAUCAUGCAACAAAAGAAAAUAAAGGCCCCUGCUUGUAGGCGUCCAGCCAAACGUAGGAAAACUACGCAAUCUAAAAUUGCUACUGACAGUUUCAAUGAGACAAGCUACUCUGUUCAUCCGGAAGCAGACAAGCUUUUACCAGUUGUUUCCAUUCCAGACGUGUUGAAGACUCUGUUGGUAAAUAAUGAUGAUAAUCGCAACUGCAACCAUACGAAUGAUAUAAAAAGGCUGCAAGUUGACAUGAACAUUCUCAAUCCGCUCAAGUAUCUCAUCAACCCUAAUCUCACAGAGACUCCAGAUCAAAUGAAUGACAUCAAUAACUUCUUAGAUCGUGUUGCAUCAGAGGUAUUUGAAAGAGUUAGACGAUCUAGCAAUGCAAUUGUGUUUAAUAUACCGGACUCAUAUGCCCUUAAAAAUAUCAAAACUAGUCUGCUCAGAGCCAGCAAUAUGACACACGUACCAUGUGUAUGCUCAAGAUUAAAAAGAAGUCACCCUGAUAUGCACCCACCGAUCUUGUUCAAAUUCAACUCAUCUGUAGACGCUAGUGAGUUUUUAAAUUCCUCUAAUUCAUUGAAACAGAAUUUCAAAGAUAUUAAGAUUCUACCAGAUAGAACACCAUGCCAACGAAAAGCAGGCCGAGACAACCACAGACUACCAGCAUCAAACACCCAAGCGUAUCAUAAUCCUAAAGGUCAUAAAAUUAAGUCCGAUCUUAAGCGGACAUCUAACUUUACGAAUAUGCAACCACCGGAAAACUCUCCUGAAUCUCCUAAUGUUCAAAGCCCAAAAGAAAGUAGUCCCAAUGCAGGUGAUGCCCAUCCUUUUAAGAAUGUUGACUUAGAUUCUACCCUAAGUAGUUGUACUGAUUUCGAAUGGGAUAACACAGUCCAAGUCGCUGUUAGUGCAAAAACCAGUUUUAGUGACUGUGCAACGGAUAACUGGAAAACUGGUCAUAAAAUUUAUCUGCCUGACCACACUCUUAACGUCGAUAUACUCGAGCCUAGCAAACCAUCUCAAGCAUCUUUAACAACACACGACCCCCCUCAAAUUACGAAGGAGCCAAAAUCAACCACAAACCUUGGAAAUAAGAGUUUAGAACAUGUUCCCUAUACGUCAGGUAUAAAUAGCAAUGUAAAUUGUAAACGGCCACUUGGUCGCACACAUAGACCUGAUAGUCUUCUUGGUCCGGCUCCCAAUGUUAAUACUAUUCCUUUACCAAAUGUUAUAUCCAAUAACAGUGAGAAGACUUUUUUUGUACUUCCGCCGGCUUUUCUGCCGGCAACAAUACACAUACUUCAAAUGAUGACAAAGUUGUUGAAUCUAUUUCCGAUCGCAACACAACUCUCACCUUAGCCAAUCCUACCAGUAUUCAUGUAAAUACCGAUUGUGAUUUAUACUCCAACCUGAUUCACCAUGGUAAAUCUCAAUUUCUUACUCUUUCGUUCAAUUCCCGCUCUCUGCCCAAUAAAAUUACUCACCUCAAAACCCUUUUAUUACUUGUAAAUCCAACUAUCGUUCUUAUUACGGAAACGUGGUGCAAUUCAUCUGUAUCCGAUCACUCUCUGCAUAUAGAUAACUAUGUUUUCUUUAGAACCGACAGAUGUAAUGGAUUAGGGGGCGGUACACUUAUCUAUGUCCGUUCGGAUAUUCAGGCCUGCAAAUUUGAGGAUAAAUCCCUUAAUGCUAUAGAUGACUCCACCUGGGUGACUGUAAACUGUGGAUCUCGGAAUUAUCUACUGGUGGGAUGCAUAUACAGACCACCACAUGCAGAUUCUAUGUUUGACAGAUUACUAACAAACAUCUUUUCCAUUGCUUCACACCAACCGCAUACUUUUAAAAUCAUCGGAGGUGAUUUUAAUCUGCCAAACAUCACAUGGGAUUCGACUCCGGUUUCAGGCCGACAUGACAAAUUAGUUGAAACGCUAGAACUUUAUGGAUGGGUCCAACAGGUUCGACAACCGACUAGAAGGAAUAAUAUACUUGAUUUACUAUUUACAAUCAACAUAGAUUCUAUCUCAGUGCAUAUCGGUCAGGAAUUUUUUAAGAGUGAUCACAGAGUAAUAUUGUGUAUCAUUCAUUCUUUCGAUGCCAUACAAUUGAACUCUAAAGCCGGAAUGAUGUACAAGAGUAGACAUUUUGAUCAACAAACCUGGAAACGGACUGAAAGUCUUAUUCGUUGUUUGCCAUGGGAAACUUAUUUCACCACAAAUAAUAUUGACAUUGCGAUCUCUGAUCUAUACCACAACUUGAUACACUGCCUUGACUGCACUGCUCCAAUUAUUAGCCAUGUGGCUUAUAACGCCAAUAGGGGCCAUAAUAAUUUUAAAACUUUUAAAAGAAAACUGAGGAAAUUAAAACACCGUUACCACAAGCAUAAUAACUUGUAUACACUACA